CGCUUGUGGGGGUUUGUUUGACCAUCGUGAACCAACAAGGACUAAACAUAAGCAAAAGAUGCGUGUGUUGCACGGUCAUAAGGUUUGUUUAAUUGUUACAUUGAUCUGUACCGAGACACCUAAACAGUACACAUUCGACGUGUGUAUAAGACUAAGGUCUGCGGGCAUCGGCUCCACUCAUUUGAAGUGCAGUGAGUUGAAAUGGGUUUUUAGACUCUAAACACCUGUUGUAAACUGCACACUAUGAAGCUUUUAAGAAACGCUUUAAUGACAGAUUGAAAUGCGCCUCUAAUGCACAGCAUAAGCUUUACAACACACCACAGGUCUUUUUUGGGGGGGUGAGUGGGGUUGCAAGUGUAAUUUAAAACCAUAAUGUAUCAUCAUAAAGUGUGUGGAUUACAUCGAAAUAGGUUCUAACGACAGCCAGUGAGAAUGUGUAUCACCGUUGCAUUCACGUAAUUGCACGAUAUAAAUACACUUUUAAAAAAUCUGACUCAAAAAGCCAUUAUCAGCUUCGUGAUAGUUAACUCGAGUGCGCUCCGUUGCAGGUCUGCUGAACUUUUUCUUUGCUUUAGUUUGUUAUUAUUGGUAUCGCUUUCAGUCGGAAACUUUUAAAUAACACCCGUAAACAUUUAACACUCUUGGCUGUCGACGCUGACGUUUUUUUUAUCAGCCGCUGUUACCAUUUUGCGAGAUAAGCCUCAAGGAUUCCCUGAUAAGCGAGUCACCCUUUGUGAUCCUCCACCCCGCGGCGAGUGCCUGUUUCGCUCUUCAACCGGACCGCCGUGUGACGCCUCUCAUAUCGCGACGCAACUGCCACAAACUGCACGGUCUGGUGACUUAACAAGAAGUUAAACAGACAAAGGAAGGGAGAGAGAGAGAGCUCAAAGUUCCACGGGAAGACAGGGCUCAAAGUUCUGUGCGCCCAGAAAAAUAGGCUGCAUGUUCUAUGCUUAAACCACAGGACUUCGUGCCGAAUAAGUCGCUCGCCCCGAUUUGGAGUUUCCCACGACGUGCGGUCCGCGUCAGGCGGCCGCUCUGUGGUGCUCCCUUGCAGGACGCGCAGGUACAACCAAGCAGCAAGUGGAGUUUGAUAUAUUAAACAAAUAAGCACAAUGGCAGCCCUCAACGAAACGGACAUGAGCUACGACUACUACGAGAUUGGCGUAAAGCUGCCGGAGGAGCCUGUAGCCACGCCCGAGCCACCGUGUGAACCCAAGUUCAGGGGAGACUUCCUCCACCCUUGGGUUGGCGUGGCAUCGCUCGUUUGCACAAUCGGACUUUCCUUCAUUGUCAAGCGACAACAGUUUUGUAAGAAUUGCUCCAAAGGAUAUCCGGGUCUGUUGGCGCCCGUCCACUUCCUGGAAAACAGAAGCAAUCGCAAGCUAUUCGCGGCCGGCUUUGGGGUCGUGCUUUGCACCUUGUGCCGGGUGGCCUUCCUGGACUCCCCCCUGCCCUUCGCCACAGGAGACAGCAAGGAGAUAAAAGAGCUGCUGAAAAUCCUCGCCUUCCUCUACUACACGCUGGUGUACUACCCACUCCUGGCGUGCGCCACGGUUCACAGCCGCCCCUCUCACAUCCUGGGUGCCCUCUUCUCCUGGUUUCACCUGGCGACCCUCAUCUGCCACAAGAUCGAAUGUCCACGAUCUCCCACCUUACACAGCUACUACGACCUACUGGCCUCACUCCCGCAAAUGCUGUGCCUGCUCUAUCUGAGCGUCCGAUACCCCAUUUUGUUGGUCUCAGCAUGCAGGAAGCCGGUGUAUGGCUGCCAGGAAGAGGAUUAUGAGUCACAGUACGUCAGAUGGCUGUUCAAAAGGAAAGCUCCGAAAGUCAGAAAAACAACCUCCAUUGCAUUUGCAUCGCUCAUCACUACCUAUAUGUCCUCUCAGACAGAAGGCUUUUGCUACCCGACCAAGAUGGUCAUCACAGCGCUUAUCUCUGCCAUCACCGUCUACCAGGUCGCGCUGGUGCUGGUGGUGUUGCUCGUCCCACUGUUGCAGAAGGUGCGGUCGGGCGUGUCGGUGGACAUCGUGUACCUGCUGGCCGGGUUCGGCGUUAUCCUCUCACAGGACAACGCGGAGGCCGUGGAAAUCUUCAAGCACUUCUUAUGGGUCCUGGAAGUGUGCUAUGUGGUGAGUGUGGCAGCUGCUUGCUUGAUCACCAUCUACAUGCUGCUGAGGACCUUUGCGAUGCAGAGAGAACACCUCCUGGCAAUGUACAGAGGAGACACGUCUGAGAUCAUUCCAAAAAAUCAAUCAUUGCCAUCUUCAGGAUUGUCUGUGGUGUCCUGGAUGACCUACAGUGGUUUUCAAACGGCGCUCAUAUUCCUGGGGUUCGCUAUACAGGCGAUCAUCUAUUACAUCUGCUCCGUGGCGAUUGCGUUCCUGCUCAUCAUCCCUUCCAUGUACGGUCUCACGGCUGUCGCUCUCAACAUCGUUCGGAACAUGUGGCCCUUCUGGUUGAUGCUCGUGCUGGUCAUCGUGGUUCAGCAUCUUCUUGCCAGGCUCGUCUUCCUGAAAAAAUCUGAGCACCAUUCUUCUUUGGACAAUCUGCGACUCCUGUACAUCACCACAUACAUGCUGUUCUGCUACAACAUCUUCAUUGGAGUGCUGACGGGGUUUUGGAGGCUGAUCAUCACUGCCAUGUACAACACGGUCCACCUGUGCAGGAUGGACGUGAGCCUACUCAGCCAAGGAGUGGCGCUCUAUGACCCAGGCUACCGCUGCUACGUGGGCUUCCUGCAGCUGGAGGCGUCGCAUGCUCACCCCGUGGUGCGCGCAUUCUGCAAGGCCCUGGUGAGGGCGACGAGCAACAGCAGUUGCUCCGCCAGCGUCGUUCCCACGCGCGACGUGGAGGAAGCAGGUGUGCAGCUGGUGCAGCGCAGGGCUCAGGGCGUGCGGCUGCUCCGCGCCCACCAGAGCCGCGGCCGCUGGCUCGUGGCCUACACCCUCCUGCGCAACCCGUGCCUGCUGCCCCGCAAGAGGACGUCACCGCCCGCCCAGGGGGCCCACAGCACGACCACGAACGGAGGAGGCCUCACGGCCGGCGGCGAAACAGAGAAGAUGUGACCGCCGAGGUCGGCGAUGACGCGGGACCCGAUUGAGUGUUUAUACCGUCAGUAAUAUUGCUAUUGGCACUGUUCUUAUAGCGCGACACGGUGGUGUUGUCACCAUUCGUACAGCGCUAGGCUAUCAUGGACACGUUGGUAUAUGUACUAUUCGUGUAGCGCAAGGCUAUCACGGAUACAUUGGUAUUUGCACCAUUCUUAUAGCACAAAGGCUAACACAGAGGCGCUAUGUUUCACAGGCGUUCAGUCGACAGUAGUUUCUCAGGAGGGCGUGAUACCUGCUAUGCGGCUUUACCCAAUUCGGCAAUUGGCGAGUCAUUUCAAAUUUGGACCGUGACGCUGGCACACGUGACCCACUACUAUAUAGAAUAACGUUACAUCAUGGGACCUCCUUUGCCAGUGUCAAAGUAUAAGAAUAGGUUUUCCCCUUUUUUCUGGCAACAAAAGGAGGUUAUAAACUUGAUUUGAAGCUUUCGUGACUGCAGGAAUUACUCUUUG